GACAUUGUUCAUGCCUAGGCUAGCAUUGACAUAUCGUUACUGACUAUAGGAUUGUUUAGUCGGGCACGUUUCAAUUAAGUCUAUUCCGGAAUUAUUCCUGAUAUCUUCGAUACAUGUAGUGUCCAUGUGAAAUUUUUCUCGGAUUAAGUAAUGUCUAUAUCAUGUGCUGGAUGCGGUGGUCCCAUAGUAGAGAAAACUCUCUUAAAUGCAAUCGAUCGGUUUUGGCACACUUCCUGUUUGAAUUGUUCUUGUUGUGGUCUACGGCUUGAUGAAUUAGGACCUUCCGUUUUUGUUCGCUCAAAUAUGCUGUUAUGUCGACAAGAUUACCUUAAACUGUUUGGCCUAUCAGGAACAUGCGCCAAAUGUCGAGUUCAAAUUCCUCCAGAUGAAUUGGUGAUGAGAUGCCAAGACAAAGUCUAUCAUGUGAACUGUUUUUGUUGUACUCACUGUCAUUCUCUGUUGCACCCCGGUGAUAAAGUGUGUUUUAUGGAUGGCAAUUUAUUUUGUGAGCAUGAAUUCCCUCAUUUGUUUUCUGGGCCUCCCAAACUGACUUCACUAAGAUUAACAUCAUCUUCUGCAAGUCCUUGUACUUCUAAUGAUUCUGAUAUUAGUCGUGGCCAAAUGACCAUUGAGUUACAAACAAAAAUGAAUGGUGCUUCAUCUUCUAGAUCUUUCAAUAUAAAUCCCGCGUCUUUAGAGCAGCAACAACAACAGCCAUCUGGUGCUUUGCCAAAUAAACUCAUAUUUUCCCAAUCCGAUAUUUUAUCAUCACUCAGUCCUCAUCCAUCCAGUCCAAUUAUGUCAUUUCCUAAUAACAUGCAACCAAAUCAAGAUAAUAAUCAGCAACUUGUGCAACACGGGUUUUAUGUUACAGACGUUGAGCAACCGUUCGGUGACACAACUAGUGUACAAAACUCAUCCGAAAAACCUUUGAAAUCAUCAAUGAUUAACACGACAAAUGAGACAACUAAUGGUCGUAAAAAACAACAAAAAAAAAGUAGAUAACCGUCGUUGCCCUGCGCUCCGUGUUUGUUGAGCUUGAAAGACUAUAUUGUGAUUGGUCCUUUAGAACCACAAUUCUUUUCGCCAAUUUUUCAAAAUUUUCUUAAUGUAAGAAUUGAACGUUUAUCUUUUUCUGUUUCGUUUUUGUAAUAAAAACUUCACCAGACUAUUUGGAAAUAUGUACUAUCAAUUAAGACGUUCAAUAUUCAUUAUUCUUUGCUAUAACAGUUUGUACAAAUAUUUUUUGUUCUAUCUUUAAUCCUGUUCAGAUAAAUAAGUGCUUAAAUCUCAUGUUUUAGAGAACUGACAUUUUGUCGUGCUUUGCGUUCAUUGGGAGGGAUCAUCUGCAUGCGUCUUAAGAAAACAUGUUUUUCGUUUGUACUUGACAUUUACGUAUCAUAGUACCGCUAAACUAAUAAGAUUUUACCAAUUUUUAAAAUCCUUUAAUUAAUACUUGUCGUUAUAGCACAAAUAGUGUCAUUCUGUGAGAGGAUUUUAUCUUCUAC